AUGUGUUGGGUUGAUACCUUUCUGUCCACAACUCUGAGAAGUCAAAAGUGCUUUGGACAUAUCUACCAAUUAGGAUGGCUUAAUUUGUUACGGGAAGAUAACGCAACAAUUUCGGUUGCAUCGUCUUCCGCGGAGGGGAGAUUCUUCACUCCCUCUAAGUCAGCAGAACUGAUACUCGUGGAAAGCCUUCGCUGCCUUCACGUUGGAAAUAUCCUCUGUGCUGAGCCUCUGAAAAAGAAGAAGCGCGUCGAUCCACAACAGGAACAAAAUCGGAUUCGUAGAAAGGCAAAACGAAUAGAGAGAGAAAUCAAACGUCUCUCCAGGCAGGGCAAGAAACUUAAACCCGUGGAAGAAAUUGAAGGUGAUCGACAGCUCAUGAAAGAAGAACAAGAUCGACGUCGACCACCAACAAUCCUGUCGGAGGACGAGAUAGAUAGCCAAGUUCUGCUGAUGAAGGAAUGGGCGCGUUACCAGGCCUGCGUUGCCAGGGAAGAGGAGCGCAAACUGCGUAGUGUGCAAGCGGCGCAGCAGCGAGCGCUACGAUCCCUUGCCGCGAUUUCCCCAUAUCACCUCUACGCGGCCGCAAUUCAGCCCGUCGGUGUCUCAACCUCGGCGGGAGAGGUGACGGAUGUUACGGAAGUAGCACCGCUGUGCUUGAGUACGAGUGGACCUUUCGCCACUGCCCCGCCGCGCGAUCCAAAGUCUUAUGAGGCACCGGACGGUGAAAAGAUUGAUCGGACCCCUACAUUCGAGUAUGAAUUUGAAUUGGAUCGCAAGUUUAUGGCCGAGGCGAAGCGCAACAAAUUCGUCAAAAUUUUUGGCAAGAAUUAG